GCACUCGGCAGGACGAUGAUGGCUUCGAUAAGGCCGAAGUGGCGCCUCACGCCAUCCGACGGCGAUUCGCGAACUAAUCAGCAAAACAUGGACUCGACGGAGGUGCAGGAACUGUCAGACACCAGGAAAUCGUACGCCGGCAUUCCAGAAGCCCAAUUUGUGGACGAUGUUGACUCUUUUAUGGCAAAGGAAGACAACAGCAACGUCCAGCAGGUUCUCAAGAGGCUGGACGAACAACACUCCAAAUAUAGGUUCAUGGAAACCAAUCUUCUAGCCAAAAAGAGAAGGCUGAAGAUUCAAAUACCAGACUUGGAGCAGUCGUUGAGCAUGAUCAAAUUACUCAAGAAGCAAAGAGACGCCGGAGACCAGAAGGAUUUGUCCACCAAGUUUUGCCUAUCUGAGCAGGUCUACAUGAAGGCAGCGAUUCCUCCCACUGACAAAGUUUGCCUGUGGCUUGGUGCGAAUGUGAUGUUAGAGUACACGCUGGACGGAGCUUCAGAACUCCUCACCAAAAAUACUGAGGCAGCUAAGAGAAAUCUCGGCUACAUUGAGCAUGAUCUGAAUUUUUUGAGAGAUCAAUUAACUACGACCGAGGUGAACAUGGCCCGAGUCUUCAACUGGGACGUCAAGAAGAGGCAGGCUGGAAAACAAGCUUCAUAGCAAACUCGUGUUUUUUCUCCUCUCGUCUGUAUAUAACCAAGAGGAACGUGCAGCAACGAUUUUGUUCACUAAUUCAUUUUCUAAAAACUAAAACAAUUCCGCAAGAAGUAUUAUUUAUAACAACGCAAUAACGCAUCACAAAAUCUGUCAAAAUUAAACCAACUUACCCCAAUAAAUUACAAGAUAUUUGAGUUUCUUUUUUUGGUUGAGUAAAAAUCAGCAGGUUGGCUAGAAAAAUUCUUUUCUUUUUAUUCGAAUUUUACAUUUAUAUAACUCCUCCAUCACAAGAAUGUACAUAAUUAUUUUUAAGUCAGUCAUUCAUUAUCAAAUUCUCUCCUUUGUAAUCUAAGAGAUGAUAUUUUUUUCUCCAUUAUCUUCCGCAUGGUUCCUAACUCCUUAAACUUAAUCGGAGGUCUGGCAUUUAACAAUAAAAAAUUACUCUCUAUGAAUCUUAACAGAAUCAUUACAGUAGUAGCCAAAACAGGAGAGUAUACAUACAGAGACAAAUUAUGUGUGAGUUGAUUUACACGCUUAAAAGUAUGUAGUGUGUGUGUGUUCCUCAUAUGAAUGCUCACCACAAAUAUCAUCGUCUGAUAUACAUAAUGAUUUUUUUAUGCUUUUUUUGGUACAUUAUUAUUAUUAUUUCCCUUUCUGCUCAAAAUCUACAUAAUAUGGCCACGACGGAAAAUAUAAAAAUGUGUGUAGUUUGCAUGUGAUCUUUUGAUGUUGUUUUUAAACCGUUCAAUUGAUUUUAUAUUUUAAUAACUAUCACAGCUUAGCUCAUUCAUACAAAAAGAAUCAAAUCCCGUGUUAAUCAGAGUUGGUGUACAUACUCAAGCAGUAAUAACAGGAGAUUUCAAUUUUUGUAAUAAGGUACAUUAUGUUGAGCUAACCCUUCCUCCCUUGCACUCUCACGCUUCUGAAGGAACAUUUCUGCAGUCAACAUCCAAAAUAGCUAUUUUAAAUUAGAGCCAAUUCGUCUCUCGUGCAGUUAAGCAUCUUUACUUCUUACAACAACAACUGUGUGUGUGUCUGUGUUUGUGUAUUGUACUUGAGCUGGAUUUUUGAAAGCCAGCGCUCAAAUCAAAAGUCUCUUUUUCUGGAAGGGUUCACGCAACAUGAUUUUGUAAUUUUUAGAAGUAUUUCCAUCUCUCUUUCUCUCUCUUUUGAUGUAUUUUUAUAUUUAUGACAAGUAAAAAAGCAUCUCUCUUGCAUCACCACUGUCACAAUAAAUGGAUUACUACAGAUCGGUCACAUGAACAAAUCCAAUGGAAGGUGAAAAGUUCAGCUCUCACAGUCUAGAAGUGGCUAUUGUUACAAGCAGGCGCGUACUAUUCGUUACACAGAGAUGCAGCAGCAGUGAUGUGACGAGAAAAGCGCACAUUUCAUUAAAAAUAAAUGACUCGACGUAUGUUUUUUUUUUAAAUUGUGUACGAUAAGACCAGUUU